UCUACCCGUACUUAUCUUCCGUUAUUCGUUGCAAAUCGCUAGCGUAUGUUUGGUAUGCCGAUUUUUAUUGACGUGUUCGCACCACAAGGGCUUGUGCCUCAUGACCUCUAGCGUCAACCAGUUUUGCGUCGCUCUUUGUUCGACAGUUACCACUCAAAAGAAGACGGGUCCCCUGUCUCUACCCUAUUGCAUCGAGAAAUUCGAGCAGGAUAACGGAUAUCGCCUUUGGAAUUAACAUCAUUUGAGAGAGAGCAGCCUCCGUAUACCCCUGGCGAACGCGGUUCCGUACCCCGGGCUUGGCACAAUGAUCCGGUCCCAGAUGUUGCGCUGCGACCCACGACAAUGGAACUUCGACAUUGAUCGAUUCAUCAACCCAUUCAUCCCGCAUCCGCCAUGGGAGCACCUCCCUUAUCCCAUAGCACACUUCUUCGGCUAUCGUAAGGCUAAGCCCGGCAAUGCUGGCAACGUCGUUCCCAUACUCUGGGCCUGCAUUGGCGUCUUCUGCGGCGUCGCCGUAGUCGCCGUCGUCUCUCGCCAGAUACCAGUUUUCAGGGAGCACGGUGCACCAAUAAUCGUGGGCAGUUUUGGUGCGGCCGCCGUCUUAGAGUUUUACUCGAUCGAGUCACCCCUCGCUCAGCCCCGCAACUCAGUUUUCGGCCAAGUCCUCGCCGCCUUGGUAGGGGUUGCGAUCUGCAAGCUGCUUCAGCUGAGCCCCCAUUUCGAGUCUAUACGCUGGCUCGGGGGGGGCUUGUCCUGCGCCUUGGCGACCACCGUGAUGGCGCUUACGAAGACUGUCCACCCUCCUGCCGGUGCGACAGCGCUGCUGGCCGUGGUUGAUGAUGGGAUUGUCCGUCUGGGAUGGAUUUUGGUGCCCAUUGUCACAUUUGGAAGUGUCAUCAUGCUUGUCGUUGCAUUAAUCAUCAACAACCUUCAGCGGUGCUUUCCGCAAUAUUGGUGGACGCCCGAGGACCUUAGGGUUUGCACCGUGCCCUGGCGGCGUAGAGGUGAUUUAGAGAGCAGGGAGGAUGUUGCAUUCGACGGAAUCGAGACGCGGAGUAGCGGGAGUGAAUCCACGGCGAAGGAAGACGCAGUAUUAAUCAUGAGGCCAGGGGAGGUAGUUGUCCCCAAACACUUGUUUAUCACGCCGGAGGAGAAGAUGUUCUUAGAAGGAUUAAGUAACAGACUUUAGAUGGCUCGCAUCAUCAGCCAACAUGUGUAAUACUUACAGGAUACUAGAAAAAUUACAUUUUGACCUGUU